GUGCACGACUGGUCGACUGCAUUCAAUGACCACUUUGAAAAGUUUUACCACAAAAUAGAGGUCGUUCGUGUGACUCGUGUCUCGUGUCAGCUGUCCACCAUUGAUACAGUGAUUUUUAAUUCUAGUGUUCAUUUCUAGUAUUGAGUACUGACAGUUGUAUAACAACUUUAUUUUAGGUUAAUAAUUUAUAUCUAGCAACAGGAACAUGUCGGCAAUGGGCCACAGAGUUGUUCGUGUUUCAAAAUUUAGAAAUGUGUAUGGCACAUGUUGGAAGAGAGACUUGUGCUAUGAUGACAUCAAAGUCUCCAAAUCGUCAUCGGAUUCAACUUUCUGUACUGUUAAUCAGAAAUUCCUUGCCGUCAUUGCUGAUUCAGCUGGUGGAGGAGCAUUUGUUGUUUUACCCAAUCCCAAGGAAAAUGUUGGGAGAAUGAAAUCUGAUUGUCCUGUUGUCAGUGGGCAUAAAGGACCUGUCUUAGAUAUUGCUUUUUGCCCUCAUAAUGAUCACCUGAUCGCUUCCGGCAGUGUUCGGCAAAACUAUGGAUCAUUCCAGACGGUGGUCUUACAACGUAAGAAUAAUUGCAGUGAAAAAAGUUAUUCGCUAUACGCGCCAUUAUCUUUUAUCAAGUGGUCAUUGAAUGCAGUCGACCAGUCGUGCACGGAUUCAAAACGAAUACGGGCCCUUAACAAAGUCCUUUCUCACCCCAAUUUUGAUUUUUCAAAAAACGGAAUAAACGGAUUUAAAUCCUAA